UUAAACGGCCAUCAACCCGGGGUCCUACUUAGCAUGUUUUAACAACUGAAGCAAACAGCUACAGUGAUCGAGUCUGUAAUGUUGUUUGGAGCUAAUAUAUUUAGAAUUUAUAGUUUAGUUUGUGUACAGAUAAUGUUAAAAACAAAUUGGGUUUCGAUUAUUUAAUUCAGUAACUUUGUUUCGAAAAACCUGAAGCAUGUAGGUUGUAAAAUUAACCUAGCUGAGCUUGCUAGCUUGCUGUGUGUUGCUCGAGCUCUUUCACAGUUUACACAUUUCUAGUUAUGGAGAGUUAUCCUAUAGACAUCGAUAGUGAUUCAACAAAACUACAAGAAAGACAUUACUACCUGCUAUCUGAACUGCAAACCUUAGUCAAAGAAUUACCGAGCUCGUUUCAACAACGCCUGUCCUAUAACACGCUGGGCGACCUGGCUUUAGCCCUGAUCGAUGGAACAGUGUAUGAGAUUGUUAAGGGCCUCCUGGAUAUUCAGCAUCUGACAGAGAAAAAUCUCUACAAUCAAAGGCAGAAGCUACACUGUGAACACCAAGCACUUAAACAAGACUUGCUACGAAAGCACAAAGAUGCUUUACAGUCAUGCAAAUCUCACAACCUUGCACUUCUCAAGUCGAACCAGCAAGCAGAGCUUGAGACUUUGGAAGUUCGAGUGCGAGAGGAGCAAAGGAUGAUGGAUAAGAAAAUCGUAGCAGAAAUUGAUCAAAAAGUGAUAGACCAGCAGAACACCCUGGAGAAAGCAGGAGUUCCUGGAUUCUUUGUUACCACUAAUCCUCAGGAGCUGACUAUGCAGAUGAACCUCCUCGAACUGAUUCUCAAGCUUCAACAGAAGGAAUCACAAUCCCAGCUAUGAGAGAGACGACAGUUAUUACUUAUGUCCAGAAAGCACACCCUGAAUAUGUGUUGAUUUGUAACUGUCACUAGCCUCUUUGACUUCUGGAUGUUUUGAGUUAGCGGACAGGAGUUUGAAGCUGCCAGGCAACAUUUAAAUUAGGACAGCAUUUCUAAAUGUUCAAGGAAACAAUUAACUGUUGUUAAUGUUGUGACUUUGAAGCAGUGAAACGGCAUAUAACUUUCUAUUACUUACACUUGGAGAAGUCCUAAUUUAUUUGCACAAAGAAAUUAUUUAAAGACGAAACAUUUUCUUUCUGCUUUUGAACUCCGCAUUUGUAGUUUUGUUGUAAAGGAAACAUUUUUUUAUUAUUUCUAUACAUAUUUGUCAUAAAUUAAUUUGAUGAAGCA